UAUCGGAACCCUGUCUUGUAUUUAUUAUUCUCAAUGCCCAGCAUGUGUAUCAGUGAAAGGUUUUCAGACAGCUGACUGGAGAGAACCGGGCUAAAUACUCUGUAUCAGACCUUGUCAUUAUAAAUGAAUACGAAACAAAGCAGUACAAGUACACAGCUGGGGUGGGUUGACAAUCCGCAGUGGUAGUGGAACGUAUAAAAUCAGGCAGCGACAUCAGUGGCGCCUCCUCUAGUAUAGUUGUAGUGCCCUUGUUAACAUGAAGUUCUUGAUAACGAAUUCUCUAGUCAUUUUGGUGGCUGUUUCAAUAUGCCACUGCCAAGAUUAUGAAGACGACUAUGAGUUGCCUCCAGCCAGAAGACCUGCUCCAGCAAGAGUACAACCAAACUACUCGGGACCAGCAAAGAACGAAAACAGGGCUCCACCAGUCGCCAUAUUAAAGCAGAUUAACAGGCACAAUGAGGAUGGAUCCUACACAUACGGUUACGAGUCUGGUGAUGGCACCUUCAAAAUAGAAACGAAGCUGCCAAAUGGUGAAGUUAAAGGAAAGUACGGAUAUGUCGACGACACUGGAAAAGUCAGAGUGGUAGAAUAUGGUGCGACAAAGCAUGGUUUUGCCCCUGCGGGUGAAGGAAUCACAGUUCCUCCACCAACUUUAGUGGAUGAGAGACCUCAAAGCGAACAGGAGGAAGAAUACUAUGAACCGCAACAGGUUGAACCGGUGAGGCCAGCGAUCACUGCAGCUAAACUAAGGCCAAGGCCUAAGGCCCAACCAGCUUUCGAGUCAUAUUCUCCUCCUCAGCAAUUUGAACCUAUCAAUACUCCUGUGCCAAGAAGACCUCAGAUUGCUGGUGCAGCACCCACUCCAGUGGAAACACAGACUUUCGAUUUUGGACCAGUCUCCAGACCAAGCCCAGCUAGAUCUUUCUCUCCAGCUCCCAAACCCAGACCAGCUCCAGUUCAAUUUGCUCAACCCGCGCCUGUCGAAAAUGGUUUUGAGCUUCGUCCAAGACCUGCGAAGAUAACCUAUGUCGAACCAGUAGAAAGAUCAGAACAGGGAGGUGGAUUCGCUUCCUUCGAACCAGCACCAAGACCAGCACCUCGCCCAGCUCCUUCUAGCUUCGCACCAAGGCCUUCUGCUUCAUCGUAUGCUCCAAGGAAAUCUGCAGUUCCAGCCAAUGGAAGAACAGGAGGAAUUUUGGAUCAACUGAGCAAAGACUACGCUCUCCCAAGCGACGGCGCUCCACCUUUACACGAUAUCAGCUUUGGAUAUUAUUAGGGUUGUAAAUAAAUAAUAAAUUUUAUUUUUAGUAAUAC